GGCCAAGGGGGUUGGGGGGAAGGCGGGGGCCCCGUGCUGGCCCGAAAACCCCAUCCGCUGCCCAGCGAGGCCUCCGCACGUGCCAGGAGGCUCCGCCUUGUCCGAGAGCCUGGCUCCGGCUGCCUGCCUUCCCCCAUCCCGGAGAGAAGAGAGGGGGUCCGGCCCCGGGCGUGAGCGGGGGUGGGGGUUCGCCGUUCAGGCUGGGGCGGUGAGUUUCCGCCUGUCAUCGUCCUGCCCUUUCCAAAACACGGGUGCUUCCUUUAUGCUGGCCGAGGGGAUCUGAGAUGAUGAAGAAAGAUUGCCUACUUUUAAAGCUCCUACGUGGUGGGGGAAGACAAGCAGAAACGGACAUACACAGUGUGGUGUAGCUAUUCCAUGACGGAGAUGUUCCCACUAUCCGGGGAAGCACAGAAGCAGCGCGGGGGUUGUGAUCCAGAAUGAGGGAGCCCCUGUACUUCAUUCAGUUUGAUCCUGUGGAAUCAGGACCUUGGGCAUCUCCUAGGACAGCAAGUGGAACAGUGAUUAUAAAAAGGAAGAAAGAGAAGGGGCCAACCCCUGAAGAGGCAAUACAGAAACUGAAAGACACAGAGAAGAUACUGAUCAAGAAACAGGAGUUUCUGGAGCAGAGGAUUCAACAGGAGCUACAGAUGGCCAAGAAGCAUGGGAUCAAGAACAAGAGAGCCGCCCUACAGGCUUUGCGGAGGAAGAAAAGAUUGGAACAACAGCUGGCACAAACCGAUGGAACAUUAUCCACCCUGGAGUUUCAGCGUGAGGCCAUUGAAAAUGCCACCACCAAUGCAGAAGUGGUUCGUACCAUGGAGCUCGCUGCCCAAGGCAUGAAGAAGGCCUACCAGGACAUGGACAUUGACAAGGUGGAUGAACUGAUGGCUGACAUCACAGAACAACAGGAGGUGGCCCAGCAGAUCUCAGAUGCCAUUUCUCAGCCUGUGGGCUUUGGAGAUGUUGUGGAUGAGGAUGAACUGUUGGAGGAGCUAGAGGAGCUGGAGCAGGAAGAAUUGGCCCGGGACUUAUUAACUGUGGGUGACAAGGAGGAAGAACCCCCCAUCGAACUGCCCAGUGUACCCUCUACACAUCUGCCUGCAGGGCCAGCUCCUGAAGCAGAUGAAGAUGAAGAAGCCCUAAAGCAGUUGGCUGAGUGGGUAUCCUGAUGAGUAUAGGCUUGUUUUCCCGGUGCUGCCUUAUUGGUCCCUUUUCCUUAAGUGCCAAGUGCUAAGGUAAAGGAACAAAGCCUUUUGGGGAGGUCCUGCUGAGGAUGAUAGUGUGACCUUGUGAAAAGGGGUUGUCGCCCUCCCCUCCCUGCCUCAACUCUGAAAAAGGACCAUGGUGAGAGGAGCCCCCAGGCUCCCUUCUCUGUGAUUGCACUUACGGUGCCCUUGUUCGCAAUAAAAUCGGGCCGAUGGAACCACA